GGAGAUCGUCAUCAUCACAUUCAAUCACCUUCUCCUCCCGCCUCCUCCCACUUUCAAAUUUCCUACCUUCCUGCCUUGACUUUUGAGUCUUCCUUUCCUUAACUACAGUUCUUUUCACAUAUCAUAUCUUCCGCGCUAUGCGCUAGGGUUCAUACCUCACUCUUUCUUGUUUCUUUGAUCGCUUCCCACUUCCAGACAACUGCUCCCUUACGGGUUAACUUGAAAGUCAUGGCUGCCUCCGUUUUACCAUUUCGCGACAUCAAUCUUCACGCUUCGUCCACUCACUAUGCCUUCACUUCUCCCUCGUCACCUAAUGCCCCUACCCUUGUUGUCGAGCGUCCAACCGGUGACUUGCGUCUCACAAAUGGCACCCUUUCUGGUGCGAAGCGUAUCUCUAGUAUCGCUGGUAUACUGGGCAUCAUCAAGUUGAAACUAGACAAAUACAUCAUCGUCAUCACCAAGGCUCAGCCCAUGGGCAGGCUACGUGGCCACAUGGUAUACAAGGUUGCGGCGACCGAGUUCCUCCCCCUGCGCGAGCGCCCUCUACAUGAUUCCGAUGAAGAUACAUAUCUGGCACUGUUGAAGGAACACCUUCGUACUGGACCCAUGUACUUCUCCUACGCCCUGGACAUCACCAACAGCUUCCAGCGUCAAUCACAGAGUGAUCUUAGCCUGCCUAUGUGGAAGCGAGCGGAUGACCGCUUCUUCUGGAACCGCUUCAUACAAUCCGAUUUGAUCGACUUCAGCCUUGGAGAACAUGACACGACCGGUGUGCGGCUCGGCCCACAGCCAGGUGUUGAUCCCUAUAUCCUCCCCGUCAUGUUCGGCAUGUUACGGAUAACCCCGGCAAAGGUCAAGUCAACGUCGUUCACGUUUGCUCUUGUUACGCGGAGAUCCAGAUAUCGUGGAGGCACAAGAUAUUUCUCACGUGGCAUUGAUGAUCAAGGUCAUGUCUCGAAUUACAACGAGACCGAGCAAAUUGUCAUCCUGAAUGACGCAACGGGUGGUCUUUCUGGUUUCGCCGGAGGUCAGUCUCUAGCGAAGGAGAAGUUAGGUGGUUCUGGCCAAGACCUCCAGGUAAUGGCGUUUGUGCAAACCAGAGGCAGCGUUCCCGUGUAUUGGGCCGAAGUCAACAAUCUCAAGUAUACACCGAAGCUUCAAGUCCGUGGGGUGGAGACUGCUGUUGAUGCGGCCCGCAAGCACUUUUCCGAGCAGAUCCGACUAUAUGGCGAAAACUACUUGGUUAACCUGGUGAAUCACAAAGGUCGGGAAGAACGAGUCAAGAAUGCUUACGAGCAGUUGGUCCGUAUACUAGUGUCGUCCUCUACCGAACACACCGAGGCAGAUGACGCAACAUCGGAAAAGCUGCACGCUGUUGAGCCCGGUCUCAGACAAAACGAGAUGGAUAGAUUACAUUAUAUCUACUUCGACUUUCACAAUGAGACGAAGGGACUCAAGUGGCAUCGUGCAGAGCUGUUGCUAGAUCGGUUGAUGGACGGACUCACUCGGGGUGGCUAUUUCCGGGGAGUGGAAGACCCUGGUGUCCCUGGUGGACAACUGGACAUCCGAUCCUCGCAGACCAGCGUCGUCCGGACCAACUGCAUGGACUGCCUUGAUCGCACAAAUGUGGUGCAGAGUAUGCUCGGACGGUGGGCCAUUACGCGUCAGCUCAUCGAUGCUGGAGUUUUACGCCCAGGAGAGGCUGCAAACGACGACCGUGAGUUCGAAAAUCUCUUCCGCAAUAUCUGGGCCGACAACGCGGACGUGGUCUCAAAAUCCUACUCUGGCACGGGCGCACUCAAAACCGAUUUCACUCGCACAGGAGAGCGUACCCGCGCAGGCAUGUUGCAGGAUCUGAACAAUUCUAUUACACGCUAUGUGCGAAACAACUUCUUGGACGGUCCCCGACAAGAUGGCUUUGAUGUGUUCCUGGGUGCCUAUCUCCCUCCUGACUCUACACUGGGUAGCCUUCAGCUCUUCCUCGAUCGCCGACCGCUCAUCAUCCAGUCAAUCCCAUACAUCUUUGCUGCUGGGGUUUUUAUGAUCCUGGUCUCAACCUUCACAAGACGCCUACCAGACUCCACUGUGUGGCCACUGCGCUUGUUCGUUAUCUUCUGGCUUGUUGUCAGCGCCUGGUGUGCCCGAUUUAUACUUGCCCAUGGGAUGCUUUAUGUAAGUCUUGGUGCUACACCUUCCAAUGUGGUCUUCGGUACUAACGCAAGCACUCCAGGUAAAUUGGCCAAAAUUAAACACACCCGCAGCUGGCUCUGAAGGGUAUCAAGAUGCGCUUAUCAAGGCUCGCACGGAUCCGAUCAUCGGCCAGUGGCUUCCUGUCAGAAGACACCAGCGAGGCUACAGCAAC